AUGGGAGAGUGCAAGAAGUAUUUCUUGGAGGAGUGCCCUACCCAUGGGCCGCCUGUCUUUGUGCCAGACACUCCUGUGGCAUCAGGGGUGCCCAAUCGGGCAGCUCUCACUGUACCCUCAGGCAUUGAUGUCCGCAGAGAUGGUGAUAAGGUGGAUGUCUGCUGCAAGGAUGAAAAUAUACCAAAGGGGGCACUGUUUGGUCCUUAUCAAGGCCAAAUAAUGACCUCAGAUAAACCUUCAGGGCCAUACUCUUGGAUGAUUGUUAAGGACAACAAAUAUAAAUUCAUUGAUGGGAGUGAUGAAACUACAGCUAACUGGAUGAGGUUUAUUAAGAUUUCUUCAGAUGAGAGUGAAAAGAACCUGAGCGCAUUUCAACAUGGCGAUCAAAUCUACUUCAGAGUGUGUCAGAGACUGAAGGUGAGCGAGAAACUACGUGUGUGGUACAGCAGCGAGUACAUGAGGUGACUGCAGAGUGUAUCUUGGGACAGCAUUGAUCGCAAUCUAGACACAGGUCAAGUCAAGUCAAGUCACCUUUAUUUAUAUAGCGCUUUUUACAAUACAGAUUGUAUCAAAGCAGCUUUACAUUGAUAACUGGUACAUAUUUUUUGCUGCACAGCAGCUC